AUGGGCGGUCCUUUCACACCCGUCAACAAGGGCAAGGGGAAGGAGAUGGAUCCUGGGGAACCUAGUUCGGGCGAUUCAACCACCAGCGAGCCGCCUUUAACCUAUCGAUGCGUUGAUGGCAAGGACGAGACUCACUUGCCGUCUUGUCUCGAUUCAGUUGACUUCCAGGUCAUCCUUCCGCAACGUAACCUUCCUUCUGGCAUUACUCAGCAACUUGCCGAUACCCUGGUAACAGCUCGUGAAAACAUCACUUCCGCGGAGCCUUUCACUGAUUGGCGUGUGGGUGAUGACGGGGUCGUCUAA